AUGGACUGGUUGUGGGUUGCGCUGUUGGUAUUUUGUCAAUCCUGUAAAGGCGAUGCGGACGACCUGAUAGUUCCUUUUGAAGACUACCCCGAUGUGCCUCAAGCAAACAAGGACGAUAUGGCCGCAGCGCUGACUGCAAUGGGCUCAGUCGUCGGGCUAGUGACUUUAACUCUGAUGCGGGGUCGUGGCCUGGAUAUUACGCAGCUCGUGCUGCCUGCACAAAUCUGGUUCAAGAGGCAUGUGUUGUCCGCGGCGGAAGUCUGUCGAACCAAGUGCACUAGGACGUUAAAACACAACACAGACGAUGAAGCAGAACUGCAGGAACCUACAGACCGUUUGACCCUAGUGCUUCGCCCGCCCGCUCUGCAAACCGUGCCUUCUUUCUGUAAGAAAGCUACCACUAGAUUGCUGCAACCGAAAUCGAUGGGCCUUUCUUCAAGUGUCGAGGAAGAGGAAUUCGGGCAACGCCGGAUCCUCGCACCUCGGACACCCCAACGGCUCAGGACACUUUCCUCUUACACGCUCCCCGUCACCAGCCGAAAGACACCCUGUCAACGCAAGCAUUCCUCGCCUGCCGACAGCCCCCGCGGAAGUGUCACGUCCGCCACUACCUCGGGCCGCCGCGAUUCCAUCAGCAUCAAAGCUAAACGACUUCUCGCACGAUUACUCAUGCAACCAGACUAUACCGGCCUCAGCUGGGAGUGCCAACUGCGGCCUCCACGCCUUUCGUUCGCCGGAUGGGAAAGCCGGUACAAAGACGAAAACUGGCGGCUUCUAAUGCGAAUGCUCGACGACGAGAAUCCCACCUUAGAAUGCGAUUUUGAGGACAGUGUGGUCUAA